AUGGUAAGUUCAGUUUAUGGUUCAUAUCACUAUGUUGGUUGUUAUAAACAAGUAUUUUACAAUAAUUAUUUCAUCAGUUCUUAUAUGGAACCAACAUUAUGUUUUCUUUUAUGUGAUACACCGAUUAUUUAUAUACAAGACAGAUUUUGCCGAUGUUCAGGUGGCGGUCUUAUGGAUUAUAAUCGACAGAUAGAUGAACUUUGUCGGAUACCAUGUAGAAAGCCAGGUAAUCGUCAAGUGAAAACAGUUCAAACAUGCGGAGGUGCACAAACAUAUUCAGUUUAUGCUGAAGAAAAAUUUUAUACUCAGCAUGCUCAUUUAUUCAACUUUCGUAUUCAAUUUAAAUCAUGUGAAUUAUGGAAUACUUCACGUAAUUAUGAUGCAUUACAAAUUAAAAUUGAUAAAUCAUCUGUUAAAUCUCCGUUGAAUAAAUUGGAACGAUGUGCUGCUGCAUGUCUUGAUCAAAAUACUACGACCAAAUCCAUAGCUUUCAAUGGUGAUAACGAUCGAUGUUUAUGUAUAAUGCCUGGAAGCUUAAAUCUAGAUACUAAUGGUGUACUUGAUUUAACAAUUUUACCAGAUACUAGUUGUGAUCGUUAUUGUGAUAAUAUAAUGAAUGAUUCGACAGUUGAACAUAAAUUUAAAUGUGGUUCAUUAAACGAUUCACAUACAUGGACUAUAUAUGAUUUAAAUGCUACAUGUCCAAUUGAUUCUAUUUAUAUAAACGAAUUAAAAAAAUGUAUAUCUAAAUAUAAAGGAGUUUCGAGUUUAUGCCCAUCACCAUCAAUGAAUUAUAUUUAUAAUGGAAAUCUAUCGUGGAAUAUAUUUCUAAAAAUUAUUGGAAAAUUAAAUUUAACUAAAUCUAUUGUUUCAAUUGAUUUUGAUGAUUAUGUGACUAUUGAUCCUACAUGGCUAUGCCCAACAACUACCAAUACAAUAAAUUCAAAUCUUUCUAAUAGGAAUUUCAAUACAUAUUACGUAUUAGAUAACGGUUGCUUACGUGUACGUUCCCACUCUUUAGAUUCACAUAUAUUAUUAAAUCGUUUAUGCAUAACAAAUCCUAUAAAUGAAGAUUCAUUAACAUAUGAUAAUAGCGAUUAUUCAAUUCAUUUAUUGGAUCUUAAUACAUACACGGAUGUUUGUCCACCACAAUGGUUUGAUAUAAACACAGAGUGUUAUCGGAUAUCGGAUUACCGUAAGACAAUUCAAGAAGCAAGAAAUAGUUGUAUCUAUUUGACAGAAGAUGUAAAGAAGUAUAUUAAACAACUAGAAGUAACAUCAAGUUCGUUUGCUGAUGAUCGUGAUGAUAGGGAAAAGAUAGCACAACAUAAACUUAUGAAUUUGCUGAUUGAUGCCCUGCAAGGUGAAAUUGUACAGUAUGAAUCACAAUGGCAAGUUCGUCUUGGCUUCUUUCUUCUUGAUACAAAUGCAUCAAAUACACAACCAGACUUUGAAUCAUUUCACUCAUUUGUUAAAGGUUUUCCAUCACUAGUGUCUGAUGUUGAUGUUGAUCUCUCAUCUAUAAAUGAAAUACAAAUGAUUAAUUCAAAUGACAAUAAGAACUCAAGUAUACAAGAUGAUUCAUGUUUAGUUUGGAAACGUUCAAUAAUCGACGAAAAACAAAGAAGUUCUAGUUUAGACAAUUCUCAAAUUAAUAAUUGUUCGGAACCAAGGCAUGUUUUAUGUAGAACAACAAUAAUGCUCGGUCAUAGUCCUCAUCAAAUGUGUUAUAGUAAACCAACAACACUUGGUUUACCAGCGAUGAUAUCAAAUCAUUUAACAUAUGAAUUAUGUGCAUCUGUUUGUGAAACAUUAAAAACAAAUAUAGCUCUUAUAAAUAUGAACAAAUGUUAUUGUGUCGAUAUUACUGAAACACUGAUGAUCGAUAUCGAAGGAAAUCAUGUAAAAUAUAUAACAAAGGAUUGUGGAAAUCCUUGUUCAGGUAAUCAAAAUGAGAAAUGUGGUGAUACAAAUACUAUUGUUCUCUUACAUGUAGCUGAUAAUCUUUUUCGGUUUAAAAUUGCCGAAUAUUAUGGACGAUCUAAACAAUAUCCAGAUUUUAUAUAUGAUGGUUGUAUACAUUUAAAUUCUGCCAAUCAAUCAGGAAUAUAUCCAUUUAGUUUUAAUCAUAUAAAUGAUAUUCAUCCACGUCAUUGUUUGGAAUUAUGUAAGAAGUAUAAACAAAAAUAUGCUCUUCUUAAUUCAAAUAAAUGUUUGUGUACGAAUAUUCCAAUGAAUACAAAACAAAGGGAUGCAAAGUUAUUAUCAUUUCUGGAUUUCAAUUGUAUUCAAGCAUGUCAAGGUAAUUACUUAUAUACAUGUGGAAAUGCAAGUAAUUCAUCGAUCUAUUCUGUGUAUGUAACACAUCCAAGAUGUCCUCAUAGUUUUCAACUUAGUGAUAAUGAACAACGAUGUGUACAGAUUAAUUUUUCAGUGAAGAAAAAUUCUUUCUCAACUGCACAAUCUUAUUGUCAAUCUAUUGGUGGUGUGCUUGCAAAAAUAGAUGAUAUUUUAGAACUUCAAGAUUUAGUAUUCUCAUCAAAGCUACACGGAAAUUAUUUUGAUCAAUAUCUAUACUAUCAGAUUCCAAGUAUAUUUGAUGAUACAAGAUACUUUUGGAUUGAUCGUACAUCGAAUAUCGUAAACAACAACAACAACAAAACAUCAGAUCGUUCUAUUGGAAAAUGUUCUCAAACAUUAAAAUCAUUUGAUCAAAACUGUGUUGUUCUUCAUCGUGAAAAAAUUAUCGUUGAUAAUACUAUAACUUUUCGACGAUGUUUUAUUGAAUCAGAUCAAUGUUCAUCAACGUCUGCUAUACCAGUUUGUGUUGAUAAAAAUCUAGAUUCUAAUUUAACCGCAAUGUGGUCAACUAUAGAUGAUGAUUCAUCCAUCAUAUCAGUGAAUGUAUCAACAGAUUAUUCAUGUGGUAAUGAUACAGAUUAUCAUUUGGUGAAUGACUAUUGUUAUAAAGCAUUACUUCAUGAAACUACUUGGCAUGAUGCAAAAGCUGAAUGUGAACGUGAGAAAGCCACAUUAUUUCUACCUGAACAAUACAUGAUGUUAUCCUUGUUAAAACUCUUAUUUGUACGUUGGCAUAGUUACACAUCAUCUGGUGUUGCACAUGUUGAUAUCUUUUAUAAUAAUCAAAAUCGUACUGCUACGCGAUCUAUCAUAACUGAUGGAAUUAGUUUAUCAUCUGUACUGAAUUCCAGUGAUCUUCAUACUUUAUGUGAAAGUGAAUUUCGUCGAAACUAUAGCAAUUUCCUAUCAUCACGAAAUGUAUCAAUGAAAGAUACAGAUCGAUUAAAAACUCAGCAAACUGCUUGUGGAUACAUUGAUUUUCGAUCUGAAUACUCACUAUCGAUUUCAUGCAAUGCAAUAGCUUGUAAUCGACUAGCAACUGUUAUAUGUCAAAAGUCAUCAAUUAUAACAACACGUGCUGUGUUAGCAAAACGGUUAGUUACCAAUAAUUAG